GCUAAAUUGAACGGAGGCGUUACUGUACUAUUAACAGCACUUCAUGGCUUCAGUAGUCUAUCUCUUCUCUCAGGUAUUAUCAUGAGCUGUAAUAAACAAAAUCACCCAGGUGACUCAGAAAAGCCGCUUCAUGAAACAAAUGAAAUGGAGAGGAUGCAAAAAGCCAUUUGUGAAAACUUUGACAAGUCAAUCGUAUUAUGGAGUCCAGGUGAUAUCAGCAGCAUGGUCUUAAGUGAAGGUUUCAAUCUACACAGAAUGCCAAAGAAUUACCUUACCAGAAAGUCAUAUAUUGAGAAACUUAUUUAUCAUGCAACAAUGUCUGAUUCAUUAAAAUCCCCUUUUGCUGGUUUCAAAAUAGCCAAUGAUUACAUAGAAGAUCUGGACAACAUCGAUGUAAUCAGUGGGAUCAAGACGUUUAAGUCAUUUAUCCGAUCAUUCUUCAAAAAUAAUACCCGUUCGUCGACCAUAAUCCAUAGGGUUGGUGGCACAUGGCUACUGGAUGAAUUCGAUAUUGAUUCGUUCCUGUUAACCGGUGGAGAAUGUCGUGAGUGGUUAUGGCUCCGCGAGUUUUUAAAGAAAGAAGAUUAUCGUUUAUGUUUAGACUCGCUUUCGCGGAGCGUUUUGAUUUCUCACGACCUUGAGUCAAAAUUCCUAUAUCAUACGGUCUUCCAGUUACCCGAACUUGGGCUACGAAAGAUGCGAACUUCACAGCCAAAGAGUUUGCCUUCAUCAGGUGAAAAUGAUUAUAUUACCAAUGAAGUUACUCAAGAUGUAGUUCUCAAUAACUUUGGGCUAAGUUCGGAUGUGGACGAAUAUUCCUAUAUAUUAGAUUCUGCAUCUACAGACGAUGUAGCUAAGGCUACUGGUGCAAACCAAAGCAAUAAGAGUCAGUCGUUCCGGUCAUCAUGGGUCACAAAUCCAGAUAUGUAUCUCCAUACUGCUGAGUGGCAGUUAAAAGAUUUAAGCUUUCUUGUAGGCUCUGAUAUGCCUAUUUUUGGCACACCAAAACACCCAUGUAUCAGCUUGAAGUUAAGUCCACUGCAUGAGUCUAUUAAUGUUCUCACUGGUGUAGAUGUGUGGUUAGAAAAUAUUAUCAAUGAAGUUCCCGAAGUUGCCAUGUGUUACCACCAUGAAGGUAUUGUAAUGCAAGAGUAUGAAAUUUACAAAACUUGUGAAAUUCCAUCCAUUGUCGGAUUUGAAACUGAACAAAUUAACCGAAUAAUACGUAAUUUAAUCAUGUUUUUGAAACGGAAUGCAACACAAGAGGGACAUACCUACUGGUUAGUGAAAGAACCUGGUUUAGGGGUAGUUAAACUUUAUGAUCUAACAACGUUGGGCUACAAAGAAUUUCUGAACAAAUGUGCACAAGACCCUCAUAGUCGAGAAGCAUAUAUGAAAGAUAACAAUCCAUUUAUUCUGCCUGUUGCUACAUUAUGCUAUAAGUUAGCUGAAAGACGUGUCAAAGAGUAUACAGACUAUCGUGAAGCGCAAAUUCUUCAGUCAGCCUCUGAAUCAUUUACUGCAUCAGCAACAACAAAAUCAUCACAACCACCACCACCCCCAUAUUCAUCUGAAGGUGGUUUUGAUGAAGUAAAUACAGUCAUGGAUGCUUUACGCUUAUUAAAGAAUUGUUUAAAUUUAAUAUCAAUUCAUGAAAAUUUAUCGUAUCCAUCAGAUAUGUCAAAAUUAUCAUUUACUUCAUCGUUUUCACAACAUACAUCUCCAGGAGUAAAUGAUUUAAAAUUUCGUGCUGUAGUUUUACUCUGUCGACUGUAUUCAAUUACGCCUACAAGUGUUAUUACAACAUGCUUUAAAAAUUUACAAGGAUUAAUCUGUUCAAGUCGUGAGACAGUUAGUGUUGAUAUUGAACAGUUUGGAAGAUGUAUAGAUUCAUCCGACUUGAAUGCAUUCACUUUAUCCGAUGAAACUGGAGAAAAUAUCUCAUCAUCGUCAUCAUCAUUGGUCCCAGUCAGUUCUAAUCGUGGUUACUUAGGCUCAAUGAUUAUAGAUGCAUUCAGGAAGUCAAAUACAUCUCAGCUUUCUCAGUUGGCCAUUUCUAUUCUUGGUGCUUGUGGUCAAAAUUUGCCUUAUAAACACUCUUGUCUGACGAAUACAGAUGAUCAGGAUAAAAUGCUUACACCAUAUUCUUCUUCAAAUAGUCAUCAUCAACAUCAUCGCUCAAAUAACAAUGUUCAUGAUAAGAACAGUAAUGCUAACAUUAAUGAUACAACAAAUGAUAAGAAUAAUGAUAACAGAACAAAUGAAUCACAAACUUAUUCUUUACCAUUAACAAUAUUAAAAUCUUAUAUUGGCAAAUCAGAAGAAUUAUGGUUUACAGUUUAUCAACAAAUGCAUAAUGCUGAUACAGUGCUAAAUAUCUCUGUUAUUGAAUCGUUAAAAAUGAUAUUUCGUUAUACUCUACCUGCUUUAAUACUUCUUGAACACUUAGUUCCAGACGCAUAUACACAUGGUUCAUUGACGAAUGAAUUAUCGUCUACAGAAAAAUUUGUCUGUCCAUAUUGUUCUUCUUCUGGUAUCAUUAAAAAUUCAUUGGAUCAUCGUUGUCUUAAUGAUACUUUAUUUAUGAUUAGUUGUUUAUUUUCUGCUGCAUUCAUAUCCUAUUCAGAAGCUUUACAAAGAAUUAAUCCAGUACAUUUAAGUCAUCAUCAUCAUCAAAUGAUGAAUAAUAAUUGUAAAGUAGAAAUAACUACUGUUGAUACAUUUAUUAUGCAAUCAGCUUGUGAACAAAGUAAAAUACAAAUGGAAAAUUAUCUACAUGCUGCUCUGAUGGGACCAGUUAAAUUAUCACCACCCAGAGUAUCAUCAUCAUCAUCAUCGCCACUAUCGUCGUCAGUGAAUGAAGAAACAAAUGAUGGUUCUUGUUCGCUUAUGACAAGAUAUGAGAAUUGGUUCAAAAUUUUAAAUUUAGCAGCUUGUUGUUUACAACGUGUAUUUUUACAAUCAUCUCUUCUUCAUCAUCGUCUUCCCAAUAAAUCAAAUAAUCAAUUAAAACGAUUUAAUAAAACUCUAACGUGUGAUUUAAAGUUGUAUAUGACCAAAUUGAAGAUAACCAAUGAUUGGUGGCCAGUUUUAAUGAAUAUGUUUGUCUGCAGUCUACGUGGUAUGUGGUUAGAAUGUAUCAGUACAAAUGAGCUAUUUUCUUUGUGUUUAUAUAAGGAUGAAGAUACUCACUUAAAAUUCAAUCAACUUCUAGACCAAUAUCUAUCUAUUAUAUUGUCUAAUCCACUUGAAUGUAUGAAUACUACUGCCAAUGACAAUUUGAGUAGUAUGAAUAUAACAUCUUAUUUAUUAAAUGAUACAAAUGAAUUUCAAUUAUUCAAAUUACUUGCAUUGUACUCUCAAUCAUCAGCAUCAUCACCAUCAGCAUCGUCGUGGUCAUCCUCUUUACUAUGGGCAAACAAAUUAAGUUCAUCAUAUAAGUGGAGAAAAAAUCAAGAAUGUAGUCUACCUAUUGAAACAUUAUUUUUUAAUCAACAAGCUGAAAAUAAAUCAGUAACAACAAAUAAAACGAUGAAUGUCAAUGAUCAAUUCUCAUUAACAUCUGUAUGUUUAGCAAGAUCUAUUGAAACAUUAUUACAUUAUCAGAUAAGUCAAACACACUCCAGUAAUCAACAUCAUCAACAAUCGUCUGUACAAUUUUGUAUUGAUUUAUUACGUACAGGGAAUGAAUAUCUGGCGAUUACUUUAGAAGAAUUCAAAUCUUUUAAGGGUGAUAAGGCUGAAUAUCUAGACAUAAUAAAUAAUGUAUUGAAACAGAUAUUACGUCAUCUUCCAUCAGAUCUUACACCAUAUUCAACCUCUUCGUCAUCAACAACAACAACUUCGUCGUCGUCGUCUGAUUUAUCCGCUAACUCGAUUGUUAAUAAAGAUAUUCUACGCCUAUUUGUUAAUUUACGCUUGCAUCAAUUAUAUUUGACGUUAUUACGUCAUCAACAUGGUGUAACAUUUAAACGUGGAAAAUCACAAACACCAGCUUGGUCUACAAUGAUUACACAGACUAGAACAACAUUGGAUUGGCAUUCUUCCUAUAUUACUGAUGUCAAUUCUAAAGAAAAUGAAAAAAUUAAUCUAGAUGUACAAGAUAUUAUUUUACAUGUGAAUUUAUUAAGUCAUCUUGUAAAUUUACAAACUGUGAAUCAGAGUGUACUAUCCCUAUUUGGCAUUCAAACUAUUCUCCGUGAUAUUUAUCGAAUUCAACCUAUCCUACGCAUACUGAAUGACAGUGUAGACUGUUCCACUCCAGAUGUAUACAACAAUUUACAAGGUCCAUUGAAUUCAAUUUCUCAUAAUUUACAUCAGUUAUGCGAUACAUUAAUGAAAAAAUCACAAAAUAGACGUGAUAACAAAUCUGAACAAAAAUCAACUAUUAUCCAGAAUACUAAAAAGAAGAAUAAGCAAAAAAUUAAAAAGUCACAAGAAGAAACAUCAGAAAUGAACAAAUCAGAGAUUAAUUCUCCAGAAUCUCUGUUAUUAUCUAACAUAAAGCAUGUAGACGAUGUCUAUUCAAAAUCGAAAUUAAGCGUUGACAUAACAGAAAAUGAGUACAAUAUCUUUAAAGGUAAUUGUCAAAUGUUAAAGCAACAGAUUGACUACCUAGAGAAGUAUUUAAGUGGACUAUAAAAUUUAUCUACACCUUGAUACUUGCACUUUCAACCCUCUUUAUCCCUCUGUAAAUUUCCUUUUGUAAGAGAUCUAUUCUUCAAUUAAACUUAUUUUUAGAAUUGUUAUAUUUUCUGCUAUUAAAUACUCGUUUGUUUCUGGAUGCUAUUAUAGCCAACUAUUAUUAGUAAGGUGAAAGCUAAUCAGUUUACUUCGAUAAUAGAUGUAAAAGAAGUAGGUGUCUUGCACUGCAUGUGUGUGUUCGCGGUUCAGCUGUAGAAUACUCCCUAACCACCCUGGGGUUUCAUCCCCGGCCGACGCACUCCUUAACCUCAGUUAGCCGAUAAAGA